AUGGGCAGCGUGCUUCAUCUUGCGACCAACGUACAAGCAGCCGAAGUCUUCUCGUCUGAAGGGCGGAACUCGGCUCCAUCCCAGCAUGCUGCGGCCAUUUUCUGCGACUAUUGCUGGCCGCCACUGCAUCCCGACCCAUCUGGCUCUGGAGAGCCUCCCAACAAGCGCCGGCGCGUCAUCGCAGACGCCUCCACCGCGACAGGGGACGCGGGUCGCGGACGACCGGACCAUGUCUGCCUAAGUCGUAUUUCGUUCGAGUUGGUGUUUUCCGACCGCGAGCACGUUCUCGCAACAACCAGACAAGCCCCGGAUCUCCUGGUGGCUGGCGUAGAGCUGACGUCUGCGUCUACUUUGCGGUUGCAACUGUCCCGGAGCGAUUCCCCCAAAACCCUUGCCGUGGCCCUCGCAGCGCAACAGCCUCUUGAACCGGCGUUGGCUCAUCUGGAUUGGAUCGUAAGAUUCUUGAAUGCCGGCCCUUCUACGAAGAAGAAUACACCGAUAUCUCGAGUGCUGUCGACGCGCGUAUCCGUUACCCCGGCCUCUUCUGACGCACCGAAUCCUUGCGCCGAGCUACAGUUUCUGUGGGCUGUUGGCAUCGAGGCCGAAGAAAGUAGCCGGGCGAACAGCACCAUCGCCGCGCUCGAGAAAGAAGUGCUCUCCUACUAUUUCCCUCCAUCCAAUACGUCCGAGGUUCCGUGGACUAUUCAAUCCUUCUACGAGAGCGUGCAUGUACCCCCAAAAGACUCCACCCAAACCCCUGAUAUGCCGAAUGAUCUCUUGACCUGCACGCUUUACCCGUUCCAACGUCGAUCUGUCCAGUGGAUGUUACAACGCGAAGCCGCCAGACUGAGCGCGGGGAGCGUCGCUCCUCUGGAGGAUGAUCAUGCCCGACCGGCAGACCCUGCGCUAUCUUUCGAGCCAAGCUUUGAUUGCAACAAGCGCCAAUGCUUUGUGAGUCAUAUGCGAAGAAUGGUCAUCACCCAUGGUUCCUCGCUAUCAGACGACGAAACGGCCAGGAAUCGGGGGAUCCUCGCAGAGGAGAUGGGUUUGGGCAAGACAGUUGAGCUCACCGCAUUGAUCUGUCUCCACCGGCGUACGACCCAGCAACCCACUGUUUUCGAUCGCUAUACGUGCUCUGAAGUUGCCGCUAGCGGCGCAACCCUCAUCAUCACCCCGCCGGGAAUAUUGGAGCAAUGGAAAAGCGAACUCAGCACUCAUGCACCUCAACUGAAGGUGUUUCAUUACAGGGGUAUGCCGCCGAUCACGGCAGCGAAGAAACAAACAGAUUCAGACAUGGUCAAAGAACUGCUGAAAUACGAUGUUGUGAUCACCACAUACCAUGUCCUGUCUCGGGAAAUCCACUACGCAAACACAGCUCCAAAGCGCGACCUGCGCAGGCAGAAACAAUAUGAACCCCGCCGGAGCCCUCUUGUUCAGAUCUCCUGGUGGAGAUGCUGCUUGGACGAAGCACAGAUGAUAGAGAGCGGCGUUAGUCAAGCCGCCACGGUGGCUAGGGUAAUUCCACGGAUAAACGCCUGGGCUGUCUCUGGAACCCCGGUAAGGAAAAAUGUCCACGACCUUCUCGGACUGCUCAUAUUCCUUCGCCUUGAGCCCUUCUGUAGCUCUAAGUCUCUGUGGAGCCGCAUUGAUAAGAAGCACUUUCACAAUCUCUUCUCAACCAUCGCAUUACGCCACACAAAAGAUCAAGUUCGCGAAGAGCUUCGGCUACCGCCUCAGAAGCGAAUCGUCAUGCUCGUUCCUUUCACUCCAAUUGAAGAACAAAAUUACAGUCAACUAUUCCAGCAGCUCUGUGAAGACUGUGGGCUGGACCCAGAGGGAAAGCCGGUGGAGGAUGACUUCGACUCGGAUGAUCCGCGCAUUCUGGAAAAAUUACGCGGCUGGCUGACCCGCCUCCGGCAAACCUGUCUUCAUCCACAGGUUGGUGGUCGCAACCGCCGGGCCUUGGGUCGUGGCAAUGCGCCCUUGCGAACGGUCGAUGAAGUGCUUGAUGUCAUGAUUGAGCAAAACGACACUCUUGUCAGAGCGGAAGAACGGGAGCACGUCUUGGCUCAGAUCACGCGCGGCCACAUUCUUGGCUUUGUGAAGAACGACACCAGGCGUAGUCUCAAGGCACUGGAUAUUUACAACGCAGCUCUGGAGCAAGCGGAGGUGUUUGUUGCUGACGCUCGCCGAGAUUUAGCUGAAGAAGCGGCGAGCCUGAAUACCGAUGGUGCGAACUUGGACGAUAAGACCGGGAGCGAGAGCGAUGGUGAAGAGGAGGAUAAGGACGAGAAGAAUUUUGGUCGCAUGGCUGUCCUACGCAAGGCACUUCGAUCUGCUCUCGAGGUGCAACACAUUUGCACGUUCUACGUUGCAUCUGCCUAUUACCAAAUCAAAACCAACGAGGACUUGACAGAACCUGAAUCAGACGCCUUCAGGGAGUUGGAAGAGUCAGAGACGCGGUACUACGACCAAGCGAAGGCGAUACGAAAGGAACUUCUACGGGAAAGCCACUCAAGAGCAGAAAGAGCCAUGCGAAAGAUCAAGGCCCAGGCCGAGUCUCCGGUCUCAGAGAUCCCUCUUUCCGAUGAUCAUGGCGGCAUAGAAAACCAAAGGAUCCUGGAAAAAAUGGACCGCCUGACUGAAAGUCUCAACGAGCAAGGGGCUCAACUUAACGAAUGGCGACAGAAGGCUGCCAGUAUACUGCUCAUGCCUUUGGUUGACGAAGACGACGGAGAGACCACCGGCGAGGAGUAUGAGGCCAGCACAAAAGCCCAAGACGAGCUUCAGGCAUACAUUACCAUGCUUCGUGCUAUCAUCGCAGACAGGCACCGCCUAUUGACGGGCCAGACAAAUAACUUCGUUGGUGAGGAAACGAAUGCGGCUCGAAAACAGGCCAGGGACGGAGCUGGCCCAGCGCCCGAACUCCUUAUGGAGUUGGCCGCAAAGCGAGAUCGACUCAAGCCUACAGAUGGCGACGAUUCCUUGAGGGGCAUCAUUGCCGAAGUCCGAUCUCUAGCCACUACCUUGCAGUGGUCUUCGGAGAAUAGGAACGCGAGGGCCAACGCGGAAUUAAAACUGGCCGAAAUGCAACUCGAGAACACGGGCAGAGUUUUCAACGCAGAGAUCAAGAAGCUGGCAGAACUAGAAAAGGAGCUCGAAACGAACCGGAGUUGUAUGAAUUUGCGGGUGGAGUUCUACAGACAGUUGCAGGUUCUCAGCGAUCAGCUCCGACCGUACAAAGAGGAACUGGACGACGAGCUUGAUCAAGAAGCUCUGCACUCGCAGCGGCAGAAAGAGCAAAGGACAGCCGAUCGACUGGCGGGUCUCAAGACGAAGCAGAGGUUUCUACUGCAUUUGAAAAACGAAUCGAAGGAGCAAGAGGGCCCUCGACUAUGCGUAAUCUGCCAGAAUGACUUCGACAUCGGCGUCCUCACAAUAUGCGGUCAUCAGUACUGCAAGGAAUGUUUCACGGUCUGGUCAAGGCAGCAUCAUACUUGCCCGCUUUGCAAACGGCGCCUGAAUUUGAAACGGGACUUCCACGAAAUCACGUACAAGCCGAAGGAACUGCGCGCGAAAGAGGAACAUCAAGUGGUGCCGCUGCCAGAUGGGCCUUCUUCUUCUGAGACCAGCAGCUCGUCCAUCUACACCGAACUAAGCCAGUCAACAAUGGACGAGAUUAAAACUUUGGACCUGAACGGGUCGUUUGGCACCAAGGUUGACACGCUGGCCAGACAUCUGUUGUGGAUCCGCCAGAACGAUCCGGGAUCCAAAAGUGUCGUCUUCUCGCAGUACGGAGAUUUCUUGAAGGUUCUGGGCGAUGCGUUCCGUCAGUUCAAGAUCGGGUUUUCCAACAUCGCAGAGAAAGGAAGCAUCGAGAAAUUCAAGCAGGAUGCAAGCGCCGAGUGCUUCCUCCUGGACGCGAAAUCGGAUGCGUCCGGGCUGAACCUGGUCAACGCGUCGUACGUCUUUCUAAUGGAGCCGCUCAUCAACGCGGCAAUCGAGCUCCAGGCGAUAGCACGGAUCCACCGCAUAGGGCAGCAGCGGGCGACGACAGUGUUCAUGUAUCUGGCGGUGGAUACGGUGGAAGAGAACAUCUACAAGAUCAGCGUGCAGCGCCGGCUAGAGCACAUGGCAGGACAGGCGAAGGGCAAGUGGCGGUCAGACUCGUCGGUGCCGGCGGUGCAGGAAAAGGAGCUGGAUGCGGCCAACACGCUCGAGAUGCAGCAGGCGCCGGUUUCGCGGUUGCUCGUGCAAAAGAAGGGCGGCGGCGAGGUGGUCAGCAGCGAGGACGUUUGGGGCUGUCUGUUCGGGCGAGGGGACGGGCGGCGGCGGGCGAAGGCGAGCGGUGCAAGCAGGGCGGUGGAGGUCGAAGUCGGACGGUUUCUGCGGGGGGCGGCGGCGGAAGGCAGGACGGGACAGUGA